GUUUUUACUCGCCGGCGAGUCGCCGGUUCUAUAAGUAUAACAUAUAUCUCGCGUGUCGGCAUCGCAGGAGAUAAAAACACGUCAGAGAUGAUUAUAUUCCGCUCGGGCUGUUGCUUCGUAUAAUUCUGCAUUAUCUCAGCUGUGAUCUUGAGGAUCGUCUGGUCGACGUUUAACUAUUCAGCCUGGCUAUCUUCUAUACCUACUUAUAUAGCGCUGCAAACAUAAAUUCUCCGAGAGCAGCGGCGAGAGGCGCACUUUCUGGACUAUCGCGGCACGAAACGAAACGCGACGAUCAGUCGACAGACGUCAGUCCGACAAUCAACAGUGAAAGUCAAGCAAGAUGAUGCGUUUUACAGUAAUACUCGGCCUCGUCUGCAUCGCCGGUGUUUUCGGCCAGAGCUGUGAUAAGACAAAGGAGGAAUGUCCCGAAGCAAAGGAAGCCGAAGUUAAGUUUAACCAGGACACGGACUGGAGCAAGGCUAAAUCUAUUUACGAAUUUCAUGCCAAAGACAUUCGCGGCAAUGAUGUUUCAUUGGAUAAAUACCGGGGCCACGUUGCAAUUAUCGUCAACGUUGCGAGCCAGUGCGGCUUGACUGACACGAAUUACAAACAGCUACAGAGCUUGUUCGAGAAGUACGGAAAAUCAAAGGGAUUGAGAAUCUUGGCCUUCCCGUCGAACGAGUUCGCCGGACAAGAACCGGGAACUUCCGAGGAGAUUUUGAACUUCGUCAAGAAAUACAACGUGUCCUUUGACAUGUUCGAGAAGAUUCAGGUAAAUGGAGAUGAGGCUCAUCCCCUGUACAAGUGGCUCAAGUCUCAGGAAGAAGGAGCUGGAACUAUCACCGAUGGUAUCAAGUGGAACUUCACCAAAUUUUUGAUCGACAAAAAUGGAAAGGUUGUCUCCAGAUUCGCGCCUACCACUGAGCCUUUCUCCAUGGAAGAUACCAUCACCAAAUACUUGUAAUUUAAUUUCAUCAGUAUGAUAUUUAUAUGACUUAUUGUUUAGUUUUUAAAUACUUGAGUACUAUACAUUUGAACAAUAACCCAUAUGAACACAUUUUUAAGACUGUUUUACUGAAAUUAACGUUCUUGAUAACAUUAACCUAGCUUUAAUGCCGACUUUGUAAUAUUUUAUGUCAUAGUUAUCUUUACCAAAUAAAAGAAAUUCUUCUAUUUCAAUAAAAUAA